ACUAUUAUUAACAUUUCGUGCGCAAUGCGUAUAGUGCCUCUGCAACGAAAGACGUGCAUCAGCCUCAUGCAUUACAUUUCAGACUGUUGUGCAAAUGGGGAGGACGAAAAGGGUGCGCCGUAGGAAGCGGGCCGUGUCCGCCGAGAGCUCGGUUGAUGUAGAUGGCCGGCUGUCCGAGCUGGUGGGCUGGAUGCGGCGCCGCCGGUGGUCGGGACCGGGCCCUCUGAGGCCGGCCCUGUUCCCGGACACGGGCCGCGGCCUGCUGAGCCGGCAGCCGCUGCAGCCCGGCGCCACGCUCGUCUCGAUCCCGCUCUCGCUGCUGGUCAGCUCGGCGACGGCGCUGCGCUCCGAGCUGGGCGCGGCGCUGCGGGCCGCCCGGCCGGCCGUCUCGGCCCAGCUGGCCGUCAGCCUGUGGCUGGCGCUGGAGCGGCGGCGCGGCGCCGACUCCGCCUGGCGGCCGUACCUGGCCUCGCUGCCGAGCGCCUACACGACGCCGGCGUACUGCGAGCCGCGCGAGCUGAGCGCCGACCUGCUGCCGGAGGCACUGCUCUCGGCGGCGCGACUUCAGCACGCCGCUGUUCGUCGAAAUCUACUGCGUGCCCGGCGGGUGCUGCGCGAAACAUCAGCGCCGUGCGUGGCCGGCUGGGAGCUCUCUGAAGAGGAGCUCCGACACGCCUGGGUGACGGUGAAGACACGCGCCAUGUGUGUGGAGCCGGAGGAGGACCUCGGAAACGCGCCGUCCGGCCUCAAAGACGACAACUGCGCGCUCGCACCGUUCCUGGACCUCUUCAACCACCGGUCGGGCGCCACCGUCUACAGCAGCGUCUCCGACGGCUGCUAUCGGCUGAUGACGGAGCACGGCGUAGCCGCCGGCGAACAGGUCUUCAUCGACUACGGCCCGCGUGACAACCUGCAGCUGGUGCUCGACUACGGGUUUGUGGUGCCGGGCAACGAGCGAGACGCAGUGCCAGUGCCUGCCGAGUGGGUACCUCUGCCCGCGGAGGCUCAGCGCGCGGCCGACGACGCUCGCCUACGCUCCUUUCUGUCCGUGGGUCGUGAGGGCUACUCCCGCGACCUGCUGACGCGGCUGUACCUGGCGGCGCUCCCGGAGCAAGAGUUGGCCUCCGUGGACGGCCAGGAGGUGCAGUGUAUGAGCCUGCAGGAGCUGACUGCUCCGGCGGCGGUGCGCCGCGCGCUGGCCGCCCUGCUGGUGCGUCUGGUGCGGCACCUGGAGUCGUGUCUGGCGGCGCAGCGCGCCAUGCCGGCGCCCAGUGACGCGCUGCGGGUCUGCUCGGCGCUGCUGCGCGAGUGGCUGCUGGUGCUGCAGGGCCACGUAUGGGAGCUGGGCCGGCGGCCCGGCGCCGACGGUGUGGUGCGGCCCGUGUACGGCACGCGGCUGGGUGAUGUCGUCACAGAGAGCGUCAUUCAUGGCGCGGGCGGGGAGCUCUACGUGGAGAUGUGUGCUGAUGGGUAGCGCUUCAGGUUAUCCACCUUCGGCUACUGAUCACGAAAGUAGCAACCAAGUGUUACUCACAACUACUGACCAUUGGUUGUAAGUCUUUGUUAACCACUUACUACUUCUGUUAUUUGUUAUGUAACAUGGUUUGUUGUUGUGUACAAAUUAGCUAACGUCUCAGGCUUUACUGGAAUUAACCGUUUGGUACAAACAAUAUGCUUUUACUGUGCAAUAUCUAUUGACAAAUAGCUGUGAAAAAAUGUAAGUGCACUAAUGCCUCAGGUUUUGUCUAAUGGUAAUCGUUUAGUCAUCUAAUCGUGGUUCAGUCUUGUAGGUAUUUACAUUUACGUGUUGUGCUUUACAUCUCGUUUGUGCUUUGUGCUCACAAUCUGCUAUGUAUUGUCUCGUUUCUGUAACUUGUGCGUAGCUACUAGCCGGCUGGUGUCGAGCGUUAACGUAUUCUUACAUCGUUACAUUGUAUUUUACUCGGUGUGUUAUUGGAAUUCACUCAUCACAGCAAUGUGCCCUUAUAAUCGGUUUGUUGUGGACAUGUGCUAACGUCUCAGGCUGUAUUGUGGUCGCAGCGAUGGCUGUGUCACAGGGCUUUCAUUCUUGCCUUCCAAUAAACAUUGAACUAAAAUGAGUGUUUUGCCGAGGAGGGCGAAGUAUUUUACUUUCUCUGCUUGGAAAUUUACGCUGAACUAGGAAACUCUUGAUCGGCCUAGUUUUGCGAUUAGUUAUACAUAUUUAUUUUUAGAGCGAAACUUUUUCGGACUGGAAAUGUAACUUUUAGCUU